UCAUGAAAAAGUUCACAUAUGUUUUUAUCGUUGUAUAAUAAAAGUUUCUAUUUUUGAAAAUAUUCAUAAAGGUUCUUAAUAUAUGUCUGUGAAUUGUAAAAGUAAUAAAGUUUGACAAAAAAACAACAAUAUUUCGUAAUUUUACACAUCGUAUGGUGAACAGUGCCACGGUUACUUACUGUGAAUCAACGAGUAGAUUGCAAAUGCGUGCGAGAUUUAGAUAAAUAGCAGAGAACCAACCGCACUUGAUUUCUUUCGAUUUUCCGGAAGAAAAACCUAUACUUGUGGGCGUGUGAUAUAAAUACUUGUAUCAGCAACAAGAGCAGUCAAUGAAAGCAGCGAUUAUGACUUGAUAAUUAUGUUAAAGAGCUAAAAUUCGCUACCUUCAAGUUCAGAAUUCGCUAAAAAAAGUGUCAGUGCAGUUGUUUAGCCGCACAAUUCCAUUUACGCGCAUUGCUAACUUUUGUCAACAACCGAAAUCCCAGCGAGUGCAUACAAAAAUAGACAAAAUGAUUCGCCUGAAACUGUUUUAAGUAAACGAAAAAUAAACUAUUAAAAUAUAUAAAUAACGCAACUUUGCGUCACAACCACUGUUGCCAGGGCUAGAAAGACGUGUGUGCAUUUAUAUACCACCGUUGUGUGUAAAUUUGGAAGAGUUUGCCAAAAGUUUUGAAACAAGAAAAUUAGCGAAAGGGAAUUUUCCGACAGCCACUCUACGUUUGAAUUCGAAAGCGUACACUACACUGAGCAGCAUUUGACGGCGAACAUAAAUAAAUUGGAAAAUUGUAACUACUGAACCGAACCAGCGGCCAACGACCAGUAAGUAAAUUCAACGACUUCAACCGCAAACAGCAGCGCAACGGCAAUAACAACAAAAUCAGCAGUAUAUUUCGUACACCGCAGUGAAAAUCCAGUGUUUGAGUGUGUGCGUGUGUGAAACGUAAUUCAAAAAAGUUUUGUGCGAAAAAUUGCAAUUGCUAAAUACAAUAUUUAUUUUAAUAGUUUUUCACUUAAAAUCAUUUUUGACUUUUUAUUGCAACUAAAGUUUCACAAAACAAUCAACAAAAUGUUGCGUUUAAGUAAAUCGAAUUCGUCUCAGAAACUGUCGCUUUUAAAGACUAUAAAGUUUAUGUGAUAUUUGUAUACGUUUAGUAGUCUCAGAAAAACCACAGCAACAACAAUAGUAAUAAAAAGUUUAGGAAAAACUUUUUGCAGUAGAAAAACUGCGCGUUUGCAUAAAAGUUGGUAGCAAAACGCUAAAGUCGCUCCAACACUGUGUGGCAUUUUUUACAUACGGACGCUUUUUAAAAAAGUUUCCGCACUAAGUUAAACGGAGCUUAAUAUAAAGCUUAGCGCAGCGAAGUAUCAAAUUUUAUUAAAAACGAAAGAUAUAAGCGCGUGAAUUUUUCUGUACCAAAAGCGGCUACCGAUUUCGAAAUCGGCUACGAAAGUUUCGAAAUCAGAAAGAAAGCAAAAAUUUAUGCCUAAAACUACUGCGUAAUUUUCGCUAGAAAAAGCUCACGAAAAGUAAGCGUUAACGGUGUGCUCCAACGAGAAGUUUAAAAAGUCUGCUAAAAACAUUUAUUACUUAAAGUAAUUUGUUCUAAUCGAAAACUUUUAGUUCAAAAAAUUGUGUUUUCUUUGAACUAACCGAGAAAAAAAAACGUCGCAAAAACUCAAAAAUCGUUCUAAUAAAUUCAAAAACAGAAAACAAUUUACUCCCUUAAAUUAUUUUGUGCCCCCACCGACCCUAAACACAUUCCAUAAGUUUUAAGAAAACAGACUUCAGGCACGCAAAUCGUGCUCCCAAACCGCAAAUCGCAAAGUGUACUCAGUUUGAGACAACAGAAAAAGCAGCAGCAGAGUCAACGUUUGAGGUAGCAGCAGCCGAAGCAGUUCAAGUGCAAAUAUCUACGCGUCCGACAUUCAAUAGACGCCUUACAGUUGUCACACACCAAUUACCGUCACUGCCUAAUGGCAAGUUCGCUUAAUAAAACGAGACACAGGCGCAGAUUGACUGCGAUCUCGUUUCUAUCGAAUAUUUCAUUAGAUGGCACACAUCGGGAUACUAAACUUGGAGCAACAAUUGGUAUCUGUGGCACCGGGGCUACAACCUACAACGCAACGGCAGCGGGAUUACAAAGUGGCGCAACAACUGGAAGCGGCGGCGGCGGCAAUAUCGGCAUCGGAGUUGGUGGCGGCCAAUACAACAAGCAGCAACUACAUUUCAACAACUACAAUCGCAAUAAUCGACAUCCACGGCAACAGCAACAGCAUCAUCAGCAUCAGCAUCAAUACUAUUAUACGCAACAUCAUACGAAUGGCGGUUGCAAUGUUGGCAACGGCAACGCCGGCACUGGCAUUGGCAUGCACGCACCUUCAGCCGUUAUGUUUCUCACCAGCUGCGAUGACUCGCAUAUGGAGUACAUUGGUGGCGGUGGCGGCGGUGAUGGCAGCGGUGGUGCUGGUAGUGAUGGUUGUGCCGAUAGUACCGGCAGCGCCGAUGGUGAUGGGCAUUUUAGUGAAAUUGAAAAUAUGGGUCAACACUUGAUAAAUGCACGGCAAGGUAACGCUUACAAGGGCGAUGGAGGCAUUAAAGCAACAGCAGCAACGGCUGUCACAGCUAAGUCGACAGCAGUUAAGCAUUUGGAUAAAUCCGCAGCGGCUGGAUAUGGUGACGAUUUCGACGUCAUCGGCAGUGAUGGCGGCAGCAUUGUCGGUGGUGGUGGAGCAUCUGUGCCAGAGAAGCGCAAUGCUAAGCGACCUACAUCGAGUAGUCGGCAACAGGGCAAUCAAAAUUGCAAGCAAACUUCUAAGCAAGGUACAAUGGGUAUUGCCAGCAAGCAACAGUUGGCUGGCGGUAGCGGCGGCUCGGGCGCUGAGAGCGGCAGUGAUUCGGAUAGCGUCAAAAUACCAAUGAAAGUUUCGAGCAUGGGUGCUGGCAUACUAAUGCCAUUGCGUGAAAGGACCUUCAGUAAUGGCGCCAAUGAUGUCAAUAUCAUGCCGGAACGUCGUGCGCGUCUCAAUACGGCACCUGGUAUGCGGAUGGGCGUCAGUAGUGGUAGUGGCAAGCGAUCGUGCAACAUUAUACACGGUUCCACACACAUCACUGACGAUAGCAGUACGGAGAGCUUGACACCCGGCAGUUUUCCGGGCAGUUUUACUGGACGUGGCAGUAUCAGUAAGAGCGUACAAAUCAACGAUGCAAAAGAUUUACGUUUCCUCAAUACACAAGCGCACAAACAGCAUCAAUACAAGGAUGAGCGCGUGGUGCUGAUGUCACGCAAAGUGCCAUUCUUCAUUUUCUCGGCAUUGCCCUACUAUAAGGGUAAAAAUGGCAGAGCCGAAUUGCGUAAAGAGGGCCGUCGUCGCAACACAUCCGGUUCACGUCCUCUUUCAGCAAUCAACGAUGCGCCCUUCGAUCCAUUCGACUUGUUGGGCAUAGAAAAGGGUGAAAGUGGGCAGGAAAUCUCCUAUGGACAUCUACUCAUUCCCUCACGUCACUAUGGCAAGGAGAGUAAGAGCAAACAUGGCGGCACUACAGCCAACACGUCAGUGCUGGAUAAUCAAAUGGAAAUUACAAGUACAGCAGCACUUAAAAAUCAUGGUAUCGCCAGGACGAAAGUUAUAACCUGGCAAAAGGGAAAAUGGUGCUUUACUUAUGACAACAACAAUCGCAAUAGCACCGCCAGUCCCACACCGGAUAUAAAAUUGGAUUUGGAUGAUAAUUUGAUAUUGAGCGCCGAUGGCACGCGCGGCAUGCAGUUCCAAUAUUCUGCAAAUAUUUUAGAUGAUCCCGAGCUGAUUGCUGGCAAGCAUCGCACUUUGCUAACAUUCACCUCGUAUAUGACAUCGGUGAUCGAUUAUGUACGUCCAUCGGAUCUGAAGAAGGAAUUGAAUGAUAAAUUUCGUGAGAAAUUUCCGCACAUACAAUUAACGCUGAGCAAGUUAAGAAGCAUCAAGCGCGAAAUGCGGCGCAUCAACAAAAUGGACAGUCGCAUCGAUUUGGUCACCAUUUCACAGGCAUACGUCUACUUUGAAAAACUCAUCUUGGGCAAUUUAAUUAAUAAAAGUAAUCGCAAACUAUGCGCAGGCGCUUGUAUGCUAUUAAGCGCCAAAAUGAACGACGUUAAAGGUGAAGCGUUGAAAAGUUUAAUUGAGAAAACCGAAAAUGUAUUUCGUCUCAAUCGUAAAGAGCUAAUCGCUUCGGAAUUCGCUGUACUUGUGGCAUUGGAGUUCAGCUUGCAUGUACCCAUGCAUGAGGUGUUGCCGCAUUAUCAGCGUUUGCUAUACGAAUCCUAGAAUUGGCCGAAACGCUUCGCCGAAAAACGCCUGGUAGCGGUGACAUCUCGUGUCUAUUUUCGGCGGCGCCAUAGCAGUAAAAAAUGAAAUGUAGUGAAUAAGGAAAUGGAAUAAGCGUAAUUUGUACAGGAAAAAAAGGAAAUUGUGUAAGCGAAAGAAAGGAACUCUUUUAAGGCAAUAUUGGCUACGAUUGAAAUUAUAAGUAAGCCAGUUACAAGAGUGAAUAAAAAGCAGUUUGCAAAUGCAAAAAAUUUAUUGAGCAAAGUUUUGAAGUCGAAACCUUUUAAAGUAGUAAUCGUAAGGAAAUCGUAAAUUUAACACUGAGCAAAACGAAUUGCAACGAUAUUUUGGAAAACAAAAAUUUGUACUUAAAGGCUAAGCGAGCAGAAAAAAAACAUUUUUAUAGUGUAUAAGAAAAUAUUUAUAAGUAAAAUAAUUAGUCAGCAUUGGCGACUUUUUUUAUAGAGGAAAUUUAAUUUGAACAUUGCACACAGCAACAAACAGAAGAAAGCGUUAAGAGGUGGUUAGGGCCAGUCAGAGGCACGAAAAAGCGAUGAUUUUUAAUCAUUUUUUUUUUUGCUAGUCAAUUGCUGUAUUUUACAAAAAUAAAAACAUAGCAUUAAUACAUCAUGUUUCGACUUGACUUGAGCAAAAUUUCGAAAGAAAAAAAUUAAUAAUUGUAAAGGUUAUCGCUGUUUGUGUGGAUCCCGUUUCUCUAGAAGUCCCUUGCGGUGAUCACCACAAGUCCUUGGAGAUUCAUCUAAAAUCAAUCGGAUAAGAGAAAUUUGUUUUAUUAAUAGAUAAUCUUGUGCCUGAUCGAUUUUUUUGCCAAAAUUAACAAAAUUAACGGCGGCCUCAGGAAAUAUUUUUCAGAUUUUCGAGAAAAAAACCGACAAUUUAUUGUUAAAAAAAAUUGAAAUUUUUGAGAAAAUUCCUCGGAUCAGGCACGAGUCUGUUAUGUUUUUCAAAAUCAGUAUAAAUUAUUGAAAUCUACCAAGCGGUUUUUAAGUUACAGUGAUCACCAGUUCAAAGAACAUAGUUUGAUAAAAACGCAUUUAAAGUUUUGCUAUCGAUUUAAGUAGAGUUAUACGAAUUAUUUAAUUACUUACGCUGUGUCAUCUAUUCCUGGGCCAUGUAAUAGUUCUUCAGCCGUCAUAGCAGCUCCCAAAAUAUCGAUUUGCUGUUGCGCGCUUAUCUGUCACUUUCAUACGUGCAGCUUAAAGCUACUUGCUCUCGAAAGCUUCGGAGCGCCCGAGCGCCCUUUGCUAAUUGUUGAAUAACGCGAAAAGUACUUGUCGGAUUCACUUCAAAUUUUCACACAAUAUUUUUAACAUAUUUUACUUUAAGAAAAUGCAAAAAAAAUCCAAUUUUUUGAAACUUUUGACUACCCCUAACCCCUUAAAGCGUUUCUACACUUCAGUGUAAGUGGGACGCUAAACUUAUGCGUUAAACUAAUUCCUGUACUUAAAGUAAGAAAAAAAUUGUGUAUUUAACUGCUGUUUCACUUGUAACAAACGAAAAGAGUUUCUAUUUUAUCCAUAGAUAAUUGGUCAAAUGUACAAUGAAAUAAUUUACACACAUGCAUAUAUAAAUUAAAUAAUGAAUUAGUGGAAUAUUAACAGGUAAGGCUUUUAAAAACUAAACGAAAUUUAAUUAGAAGUAAUGCAAUACAAAUACAAAUACAAACAUUGGAAAAAAGUAAACGAAAAUUAAAUAAUUGUCAAUCAACCAAAUGGUUUGGAAAUUUGAACGAAAUUCAAUGAUGACGAAAUUAAAGCAAAAAAAAAAAAAGAAUUUAACGAAAUUUUUUUUGUAUAGAAAACAUUUUGAAAAUGUCAUAACUAGCAUAAAACCGCUACGCGGGCUAAUUAGAAAAAUUAUUAAAUAACAAAAAAAUCAGAAAUAAAUUUUAUUAUGUAAUUACCAAAUUUUUUAUUUGUUCUGAAAAAAGUAAUACAAAAUCAAAAAUGCAAACGAAAUUCAUUUGAUCUGUUAUAUUCUCUGACGGAACAUAUAAAUUUAUUCAAAUUUCGAGUCAUCUAGUCGUGAUCAUAUCUCCUAGCUUCACUUAGCGUACUGCUUAGAUUUUAAAUUAAACCAAAAAAAAAGGUCGACCAAAAUAAGCUUACACACAUUUUCUUGACUAAAAAUAGUGCUAGAAGCACAUAAAGCAUACAAAUUUCAAUAAAAAUUUUAAUACAAACUUAGUGUUAAGUUUUUGAAUAAUAUGAAUAACUUACUCACCCACAAAAUACAAAAUGUUAUUGAAAAGAAAAAGAAAGUAAGCACUAAAGUAUAGUAGUAAGUAAAAUCAUAUAUUGUUCGCAGCUUAAGACUUUCUGAAAACAAAAAAAAAAAUACAUAUAAUAUAUAUAUACCUAAAAUAUUUAAUGUGAAAUUUUGUUUACUUCUUAUGCUUAUGCGAUGGCGUUUUGAUAUUUGUAUGUAUUUAAGAUGAUAUAAAGUGUAUGCUGCGCAGUACAUAUUUGAAGUUUGUGCGUGAGAACGUGAGAAUGUAUGUAUAAGUGUUUGUAUGCUUGCCAGAAAUAUUUAUGUACAAUAGCUGAGCGUGUUUUUGUAAUAUUCACAAACCACAUUUCUUUGGUCUAGCCACGCAUGUAUGUAUUAUAUUAAAUACAUUAUAUUUAUAUUUAUAUAUAUAUAUAAGAAGUUUUGCAAAACGUUUUAGUCUAAGUUGAGGUGCGUUGAUUAAAAUUUUUAUAAGCAUAUAAAUAUUUUUGGAUUUGGUUCGAGUUUUUUAUAUUUAAUGUUUUACAAUUUUUUAAAGAUGUUUUUUCAUUCACAUGAUUAUGUAUAAAAGUUUCCUUAUUUUGCUCAAAGAUAUUUUACGAAAUGUUAAACUUUUUUUAUUGGAAGUUAUAUGUUUGUUUUGAAAACUAUAUUUUUUUAAAUAAAAAGACAA